AUGUUAGAUUCAGUUCUGGCAGUCCAGAUAAACUUUCAGCUUGCAUCUCUUGAUGAGGAUGAGGAAAUGUUUACUGAAGAUGACCUGCCAGACAUGCCAUCAUCCCCAUUAUGUGAGCCACCUUUCAAGCUGUCCCUGGCUCAAACAACAUGCACAACUGGACUGGAACCCCCCUUCCAGUCCUCUGGUUCACCCAGAUCACCUUUGAUAGAGCCAGCAUGGGAGUCAUUGGCACCAUCUCCCUCCUCUAGCAGCCCAUUGGUUGAGCCUCCUUGGGACUCCAUAUCAACAUGCCUCUCUGACAGCACCCCAUUACUUGAGCUGGCAUGGGACAAAUCACCACUGCCUGUUGCCCCAGUUCCCAGCCCAACAACAUUCACAUUGCCCAGCAGCAAUUUCCCUGGUCCUCAUCAACCUAUGGACCUUUCAGAUGCUCCUGCAUCAUUCAGUUCCACAUCAAUACUGCUGGCUAGAUCCCCAUCACCAGUGCCAAUCCCAUUGUCACAUUCAGAGCUUUUCACAGUCUCCCAGGAGUUCACCAUACUGCCAGGAGUUGAUACUCCACAAACUGAGUUUCAAAUGUCAAGGCAGAUCUCCAGUAUCAUGGCUAGGAGUGGGGUAUUAUGCCAAUACCCUGGUGGAUGCAACCAGGGAGUGGUGAUCACAGUUGAGCAGCAUGCCAUGCUUACCAGCUUCUGGCAACAGUUAGCAGAUCUUCAGGAGGAAGAGCCAGCAGGUGUAGGCUACUGUCUUAAACCAGACCAGCUUUAA